AUGUCGUCCAUCCUGCCCUUCACCCCCCCGAUCGUGAAGCGCCUGCUGGGCUGGAAGAAGGGCGAGCAGAACGGGCAGGAGGAGAAGUGGUGCGAGAAGGCGGUCAAGAGUUUGGUCAAGAAGCUCAAGAAGACUGGGCAGCUGGACGAACUGGAGAAGGCCAUCACCACGCAGAACGUCAACACCAAGUGCAUCACCAUCCCCAGGUCCCUGGAUGGCCGACUGCAGGUGUCCCACCGGAAGGGGCUCCCCCAUGUCAUCUACUGCCGCCUGUGGCGAUGGCCCGACCUCCACAGCCACCAUGAGCUGCGGGCCAUGGAGCUGUGUGAGUUCGCCUUCAACAUGAAGAAGGACGAGGUCUGCGUGAAUCCCUACCACUAUCAGAGGGUAGAGACCCCAGUUCUACCUCCUGUGCUGGUGCCACGCCACACGGAGAUCCCGGCCGAGUUCCCCCCGCUGGAUGACUACAGCCAUUCCAUCCCCGAAAACACUAACUUCCCCGCGGGCAUCGAGCCCCAGAGCAAUAUUCCAGAAACCCCACCCCCUGGCUACCUGAGUGAAGAUGGAGAGACCAGUGACCACCAGAUGAACCACAGCAUGGACGCAGGUUCUCCAAACCUAUCCCCGAAUCCGAUGUCCCCAGCACAUAACAACUUGGACCUGCAGCCCGUCACCUACUGCGAGCCAGCCUUCUGGUGCUCCAUCUCCUACUACGAGCUGAACCAGCGUGUGGGGGAGACAUUCCACGCCUCCCAGCCCUCCAUGACCGUGGACGGCUUCACCGACCCCUCCAACUCGGAGCGCUUCUGCCUGGGGCUGCUCUCCAACGUCAACAGGAAUGCAGCCGUGGAGCUUACGCGGAGGCACAUCGGCCGAGGCGUGCGGCUGUACUACAUCGGAGGGGAGGUCUUCGCCGAGUGUCUCAGCGACAGCGCCAUCUUCGUCCAGUCUCCCAACUGUAACCAGCGCUAUGGCUGGCACCCAGCCACAGUCUGCAAGAUCCCGCCAGGAUGCAACCUGAAGAUCUUCAACAACCAGGAGUUUGCCGCCCUCCUGGCUCAGUCCGUCAACCAGGGCUUCGAGGCCGUCUACCAGCUGACACGGAUGUGCACCAUCCGCAUGAGCUUCGUCAAAGGCUGGGGAGCAGAGUACAGGAGACAGACAGUGACCAGCACCCCCUGCUGGAUCGAGCUGCACCUGAAUGGGCCUUUGCAGUGGCUCGACAAGGUUCUCACCCAGAUGGGCUCCCCAAGCAUCCGCUGUUCCAGUGUGUCUUAGAGACACUGGGUGUGAAGGGGGAGAGUGGGGGGAGGGCGGGCUUGGGCGAGAAGGGCCGUGUAGGACAUGGAGAAAAUUGGAACUCCACUCACUAUCGUCAAUGAAGAAGAAGUUUUUCUCCCUCGAUCAAGGCGGCACCAACCUGUUUCCCAAAAACACAAAAGCGAACCCAGAGGUGGAUUUUGUGAACCGCUGUGUCUGCUGAACACAUUUGCCCUUUGGCCCCAGUUUGGAGGGCGAGAAACGGCUUCUGCUCUGGUGGCUUGAGCAAACAGGUAGUGUUCCACCACCUGUCCCCUCCUCCCAGCCUCCUUCUGUUUUAAUGCCCGCAAUCCAGGAUGCACUGUCCGACAGGAAAUGGUCCUCGGUUCCGGACUGGAGUGGGAAACUCACCUCGGGUGUUCUAGGUAGGGUAGAGGCUUCAGAGGUGCGAGCAACCCUCACGCCUAGUCCUCUGGCGCUUUUAACAAAGGCUUCAACUGAGCCUUCCUGAGCCCCAGCGCUCUGGCAGACCCUGCACCCCGGGAGCCGGACUGACUUGGGGUGGGGUGCGCGUCUGUCUCCUCCCCGAGCAGGCGGACACGUGUGAGCCAGUGGGUUCUGAGCAGGCCCACGGGGACGGUGGGGAAAGCUGCUGAGACCCCUCGUCUCUGCAGUUGGUCCUUUGUCACUCUGAGCGGCCGGGAGCUCUGCCGAGGCUCAGCGCUUCUGCCACGUCUAGUUCAUCCUCUGGCGUUAACCUCAGCGAUGGGAGGUACGUGAGGUGCUCACACGAGGCAGGCGGCGGCCGUCGCAUCGCGGGUUUGAGAGCGGGUCUCCGGUCCUCUGUAGGCACUCGCUUGCUCUUCUUAUGCAUCGGCCUUCUCGGUUUACCUAGUCAGUUGCAUUAAUUAAAUGAGCUUUACUGUAUGCUCGUUUAAAUGUUUAUUUUAUAUUUAAAAAAAAAAAAAAAAAAAACCUCCUGGGUUGGCGCACUGACUGGGAAACCAGCGUGGGGCCCGGCCACCUCUCUCUGAAGGUGAAGCUGUUCCAGGUUUUGUUGAGAAGACACCUGCCAGGAGCACUUUUGAAAACUGAAAUUAACAGCAGCAAAUCCAGCAGAAGGGAAAAAUCUCAGGCCAACACAGGCAAAUGAAAAGGGCUAUUAAUUUUUUUUUUUUUUUUUACACCUUUGGAAAUCACAGGCGCGGUGCAGGGAGGGCCGCCACCCUCCCCCUGGGAUAUAAGAUUAUCCAGCUCCCGGGAGGGGUCAUCAGUGACUCUAGCAGCUAUGUUGUAGAAGUACUGUUCCCAGUGGCAAUUAGUGAGAAAACCAUUAUAAAUGAUCGCAACUGGAAAAAAAAAAAAAAAAAAAGCCCUCCUUUUCUACUGGCCUUUUGCAGAAUCCAGCAGACAGAAUUGCCACUUGCAUUGGUACUUUAUUCCUUGUUGCUGUUUUUUGUAUGAAAUGACUUGUCCCGUGUUUUUGCGUGGAUUUCUAGCAGGAAAAGUGAAGGGAUUUCCUAUGGAAGUCCUGUCUUCUUCCAGGUGAAGGGGAGGAAGUAUACCCUUCUGGCAGGUAUAAACCUCAAAUGUGAUGCCAUUUCUGAUGCCUUACGAUGUUGGGGGCUUCCUGGUGCCUCCCCGGCAGGAUCCUAAUGCCUCUGCAGCUCUACCCUGAUGGCUUCCAGCUAGGACAGCUGCCGCCCAGGCUCCCCAAGGACACAGGAAGAGACGGGAGGAGCACCUUGCCAGACCUACGCUUGUCUUUUCCUGGGGCCAGUGACACAGAACCCAGAGACCACCAAACCCCUCUCGCCCUGAGAGGGUCACAUACGGCAGGUCCGAGGGUUGCCUGCUGUGAACUGAUCUGCGGACUGCUGCUUCCAGGAAGCCCUCUGAACCUCCUGCACGUGUCAGGUCUGAGACUCGUGAUGUGGAAUAUCCCGUUUGGCCUCUGCUGGCGCCAUCGUCGUGCCCUUCCUAAAAGCCAAGGCGGCAGUUUCCGAGGGCCCGCGUUCUCCACCAGCUCCGUGAUCCUCGGAGGCCCUCCGACGGCGCGCAGCCAACCCUCCCGUCACUUGGGAACUGGCACAGCCUUGGCGCCCCUGCUCGGAGGGGGUCUUAGCACCCUGGUUGCUCAGAGCCGAAGGCUACUUCGAGGAGGCAUGGAGUUUUAGUUUUGUGUUUCUCCAAAAGCUCACUUGGCCCCCCCCUUCUUUAUAGACUGCUCCUUGCAGGAGGAUGUGAGAGGAAAAGGUAGGUAAGUCCCCCUCUGGAAGACAGUCAGUCCUAUCUAGAGGGGAGGACCCUUCCCGUCACGGAGGCUGCCUAGGUGCUUUGGGCUCGUGUAAUAUUAGUGUCCUUUCUUUAAGUCACAAAGCUUGUUUUCUAAGUUUGAAAAACCCAUGGUCUGAAUGGCAUUUACAUCUUAAAAUCUUUUUUAAGGACAGUUGAAGAAGGGGGGGGGGCGGGUGGAGCGAGAGAAAACAGGGCAGUCGAGCAGGGUGGAGGGCAGUUUUAAGCGUAGCUAACUGGGCUCUCCGCCAAGUUGUCUUCACCUUCUGGCUCGUGCUGCCACUGACCCGAGCCGCCAGCGCUGCGGCGGAGACCCUUGGCUGUGCCCCUAACCCCGGAGCCAACGUCCGUUCUCGUCCCUUUCCUCCCCCACCCGCCUUCCGAACGUUAUUUAGUACCUUCGGUCCUUCCCGCACAAGCAAACGUAGGUAGCUGCCCCAGCGGGUUCGGGUUACAGGCUUGUGCUGGGACAUCAUCUCAGUUGGCCACCCUCCUGGCAGGCGGGAGCCGACCUGACAUUUUGAGGCGAGCCUCGAGUCGGGAGCGGGGACUGGGACGCUUAGUAAGCGCACACGUGAGGGCAAGGCUGCUGGCGGGCUUUCCCGGCGUCCUGAUGUUGUCUGUGUUGUAUUUUUUUUAUUAUUGACCGUGGUGGUUAUUUUUUUUAAAAUCAUUAAUGUAUUGGAAUGAGCUGUAGCACAUGCUUUGUGCUUAGUUGUUUUUCCUCCAUCCUCCCUUGGCUUCCUAGUGCCUGGACGUAUUCCAGGGCUAAGUGCUUUUACUCAGACUGCAGUACAGGCUUUCUUUAGGUAGCAUGUGCGUGUCCUGUGUGCACGUAUGUAGUCUGGGAAGAAGGCAGUUAGCCCCAAAGCUGCCCUUUCUGGGGCUCCGGGAAGGUCUCUGCAGGGCCAGCUUUCACCUCAGGCCGCUCUCUGAAGUCCUUCAAAGGAGAGAGAGGAAAAGGAAUCGGGGGACUGUUUCCAAGGGGGUUACCAGUAGCAAGAGCGGGCAUGAGUUUCGUUCUGGACUCUGAGUGUGGGACUUUAAGUGGCAGAGGUGGGAGCUCCCCCCCCAAAUUUACACGUGUCUUCACUUUACUAGAAGAAAAUGUCAACACGGCUGCGGUGGACCAUUCUUUGUGUGUCAUGAAUGUUCCCUUCUAGAUCAUCCUUUUGAGGAGUUUCUACUACUUCUCAAGAGGGUGGGAAAGCAAGGAAGGACACACGAACAUAUGGUUCCCACCUGAAGAGGUGGCGUCUCGGAGGAGGGGGGUGCAGUCAGUGGGGAAGUGACUUUUCAGAAACACAGCUACCACAUAAACUCGCCUAUAGUGUAAACUGGAUUGAGCAAGGCUCUCAGUGAUUCUGUAAUUGAUUUUUUUUUUUUUAUGCUGAAGUAAUGUAUACUCUAGCAUUCUGGUGUUUUUAUAUUUAUGUAAUGAUUUCUUAAAGCCAUUCAAGACAGAACUAUUUAAUUUUUUGAAGAAAGUUGGAAAGGUCUCUCCUCCCAAGGACGGGGGCCUGGGGUCCAGAACCCCCUCCCCCCCCACCCCCCAGGCUGGCUACAGGCGAGGUAGCGCUCCAGAAGUCCCCUCCAGGCCCUUCCCCGGGGGGGCCUCUGAACCAAGCCCCUCGCCUUUCUGGCCCGAGAGAACUCGAUGCAGAGGGUGGAGCCAGGGGCCCCUCCCUCCCCUUCACUCACCCUCCCUGCUGCUGUCCGGAUGACGCUGUUCUGGACUCUGGUGGCGUGUGUCUGAGUGGGGGGAGCAGAACAUGAAGGAUGUGAUUACCUUCACUUCUCAGCCAGCCUGACCUUUUAAUACCUUUGUAAAAAGCAUGUACGUAUUUAUAGUGUUUUAGAUUUUUCUAACUUUUGUAUCUUAAGAGCAGAGCACCUGUUUAAGCAUUGUACCCUAUUGUUAAAGAUCUGUGUCCUCUCUCUUUCCCCUGUAAGUGCCCUUCUAAUAAACUUUGCAUUGAAAAGCUCCCA